AUAUGUACUUCAUAUGUCUAUCUGUCUAUGUUCGCAUACAAUGACCGCUUCAAGUGCAUGCAUAUUUAUACUUACAUACGCACUAAUGAAUACAGCAUCGGCCAUCUUCCAGUCCCAGAUGACGGAUCAUCUUUGCUCAUACUCAUCUCCAAGGCAUUCAGUCUGAGCGCAUACACCGAAUGGUGCAGAAGCAUUUAAUCAAAGCUUGAGAAUCACAUAAUAUCUAGUAACCGUUUAACGCGUUAAGCGUGACCACCGCUUAUAGCUUUCAAAGUGAAGUGUAGAUGAUACCUCAUUACUAUUUUCAGUCGCAUCUGCGGUGUUCUUAAAGAAAACGUGAAAGCUUUUUGCAAGUAAAUAUUUUAACAGUUGUAUAUGUAUGUACUUUAGAAUUCACACGAAAUAAAUAAAACUAAAUAAGUGAUUCACAACAUAGCAGCAUACAAACAAUUAAAUAUUAAUGUAUACAUGCAUGUAAAUGCCUGUGUGGAAAAAAUUGAACGAGAAAAAUAACGUAUGAAAAUGAAGUGCCAUUUGUUCACCAAGUGUGCCUUGACAGUUUUACUGCUGUGUUUAGUGGCAAUUCAAUUGGCGGCAUGUUGUUCUCGUGCACCAACACACCUACCUCACGGAAGACGUUCACGCGGCGACAAUGGAUACAGACUAAUAGUUGCUGAGGGCCCCAACGGCUAUGUGCCGGGGGAAACUUAUAACGUUUUGCUGCUCGGCGCUCGAACCCAUGAAAAGGUUCAGCAUUUUACACAUUUCACAAUCACUGCUGAGGCUCACACUGCUGGCCAGCGAGCACAAUCCGCCAGUCCAAAGCGUGUUGGACGAUUUUUACUUUUUAGUGACGCGCUUACAAAGUUUAGCGACCGUUGCGUCAAUACCGUUCAGGAGGCCGAAGACUUACCGAAAACUGAAAUACAGGUUAUGUGGGUAGCACCGGCAGCUGGUUCUGGUUGCGUUUCCAUAUCAGCUAUGGUAUACGAAGGACCUCGUGCGUGGUACUCCGACGAGGGGCAGUUAACGCAGGUCGUUUGCGAGCGAAAAACCAACGUGCAUACAGUUAAGAAGGAAUGCUGUGCUUGUGACGAAGCUAAGUAUAAUUUCGUUUUCGAAGGUAUUUGGUCUAACGAAACACAUCCCAAGGAUUAUCCGUUCGCCAUUUGGUUGACGCAUUUCUCAGACGUAAUUGGCGCAUCUCAUGAGGCAAACUUUUCGUUCUGGGGUGAGCAUCAUAUAGCUACCGAUGGUUUCCGCUUAUUAGCUGAAUUUGGAUCGCCGACUUCUUUGGAAACUGAACUACGUGCUAGAGGCCCACGUUUGAGAACUCUUAUAAAAGCUGCUGGACUGUGGUAUCCGAAUGUAAAUACGAAUACUUCGUCGAAAUUCCGUGUAGACCGUACGCAUCCAAAGGUCUCACUGGUAUCAAUGUUUGGCCCUUCUCCCGACUGGGUCGUUGGCGUUAGUGGUGUUGAUUUAUGUACCGAAGAUUGUUCAUGGAAGGAAUCAUUAGACUUCGAUCUCUACCCUUGGGAUGCGGGCACUGACAGUGGCAUCACUUACAUGUCACCCAAUGCGGAAACACAGCCACGAGAGCGCAUGUAUCGUAUUACCACCAUGUAUCCAGAGGAUCCCCGUUCACCCUUUUAUAACCCAAAAAGUAGCGAAAUGACGCCAUUGGCAAGAUUAUACAUUAGGCGCGAGAAAAUCAUCUCCAGGAGCUGUGAUGACAAUUUCUUGGAGGCAUUGAAAAUGGACGUAUCUGAUGAUGCUGAGGAACAGGAUACGAGACCUGAAUGUCAGCUAACGGGUUACAGCGAGUGGAGCCCUUGUUCCGUAACCUGCGGUAAGGGUAUUCGCAUGCGCACGCGUCUAUAUAUUUAA